CACACUUUAAGUUAAUAAGAAACUUUUGUUAUUCGCUUUAAAAAGCAAUUUUUUUCACUUUGAUUGCGUUAUUAUUAUUCAUUCAUAUAUCUUCAUUUCAAAUAAUUAACUUCAAUUGAAGAGUAGAAAUGGCCAAGUUAAGGUUUGUUGGUUUUCUUUUUCUUGUGAAUUUUGCUUCGUGUCUUUAUAUAAACACAACAAGUAAUGGCACUGAAACUGAAAAUGCUUCUGAAGAAUCAGAAGCUAAUGGAGAAGAAAUUGGUGGAAAUUUUCAAGGUGACAUGAUUUUGUCGCCUUCGCAAAUUUAUUCUCUGUUUUCAAUGUCACGAAAUGGCCUAAUUGAUGAAAGAUAUCGAUGGCCAAAAAAUUCUGAUGGGAUCGUUGAAGUCGCGUAUAAAUUUGAAGUUGGUGAUUUUACUUUGAGUGAAAAAGAAACAAUUCGCAAAGCCAUGGAUGAGAUCGAAAGUGUGUCGUGUAUCAAAUUCGUCCAUUCAGAUGAUGCUUUAAUGAAAAUCUAUGAUGGCAUGGGAUGUGCAUCGGCUGUUGGAAUGCAAACUGAUCGACAAUACGUUUCAUUAAAUUCCCAGUAUUGUAUAAAAAGUGGUAAAAUUAUUCAUGAACUUCUCCAUGCACUUGGAUUUUAUCACAUGCAAAAUGCUUACGAUCGAGACGAUUAUAUAAAAAUUAAUUUCGAUAACAUCGAAAAAGGAUUUGAAAGCAAUUUUGCCAGAUAUAGAAACAGCGAAGUGUCGUAUUUUGAUACUGGAUAUGAUUACGGAAGUGUCAUGCAUUAUUCACCUUAUGGAUUUUCUAAAAAUGGAUUGAAAACGAUUGAACCUAUCAAGGAAGCGAAAGACUCUGACAAAGCACAACAAAUGGGACAAAGAGAAGGAAUGAGUGAUGGUGACGUUAAGAGACUUAAUAACAUGUACCAAUGUUCUUCAAAAAUAAAUCAAAAUGAAUAAAGGAAGAGAUUAAAUUUUUCUUGCUUCCAUAAAAUA